AAGCGGGGUUUUAUUCGGGGGCGCGUACAUGCGCGUCCCCGCGGGAGUCUUUGUGCGACGGCGUAGAGAAGCGCAAAUACAAUAACCAUGGCCGACGAGAAACCCAAGGAGGGAGUGAAAACUGAGAACAACGACCACAUUAAUCUGAAGGUGGCAGGUCAGGAUGGGUCGGUGGUCCAGUUUAAGAUCAAGAGGCACACGCCACUCAGCAAACUCAUGAAGGCCUAUUGUGAGCGUCAGGGACUGACAAUGAGGCAAAUCCGGUUCCGGUUUGACGGCCAACCCAUUAACGAGUCGGACACACCUGCACAGCUGGAAAUGGAGGAUGAAGACACAAUCGACGUUUUCCAGCAACAGACAGGAGGCUUUGUCUAAGUGCGGCAACUUUACAACCCAUCUGCUUCUCUCCCUCACUCUCGUCCGUCCUCUGUCACUCUGGGACAUUACCUUCUCCCUUUACAGUCGUUUGCCACUACUGUUGUAUAGUGUGUUUUUAUUUUACUUUUUUUUUUUUUGGUUGGACUUUUCAUCCUCCGUUUUGUACAUAAACGAUUUCCUCUGUUCACAUCUUAAGGGUGGCAGUGGGGAAUGCUCUUAGCCAAGGCCAGCUAAGCCAACCACAGAAACUCCCGUAAAAUCCGCCGACGGCCCAAACAGCUCUGUCCACUGCUAAGGGUAUUAACUGCUGAAACUAUAGAUGUUUGGGGGUGAGGUUUUUCUCUCUUGUCUGGUCACAGGAAAUGUGCCUGAAACAUUUCCACCAAAUGCAAGAUGAGGUGCAGAGUGUGUGCGAACUGGUGGAAACAGGAUUGUGUGUUCAGAUACCAAAACCAAGCUCCUGCAGGACCACGGUGUCCCCCACGCUUUCACGUGAGCUGAGGGCUGCACUACGGAGCCGUGUUCAGUAUUUUAUUCUCCUAAGCGCUACUAUCUUCUCUCGAACGGUAGUUGGCAAACCUACACGCGUAGUAAACCUCACGUUGUAAAUGACGUUAGAGAAGUUGUUUUAUGGUGAUGGUGUGGUCUGGGAGGAAGAGCUUUCAGGUGUCUUAUGUUAAAGACUGGUAUAUGGAACUGGGUCUGAGAUCAUACCCAUUAAAAUAAAACAAGUCUGUUGUUACCCAACUACACUUUCUCUUAAUUAGUUUAUAUAGAAAUGACACAAUCCUGAUAUGUUUCAGUCAAGUUAAACAUCUGUAUUGUCUAAUCACUUGUUAAAAUAAAAUAUUCUCUUUUUACCAGA